ACUCGGAACCAUUGUGUCUUCACUCGACUUCCACGUCGGAUGUAUUUUGGACCGACACCGCGUUAGCUCGAUUUUGUGGCGCUUCUUCAGCUCUCCGUUUGAUGAACGUUAGUCGAUCAGACCACGUGCUUCAUCGAUGCCACUAAAGGAUCAGUCCAACUCGACGGUCGCCAUGAAACCAGCAGUGGACGAGAUGUUUCCUGAGGGCGCGGGACCGUACGUUGAUCUGGACGAGGCUGGGGGAAGCACAGGACUGCUGAUGGACCUGGCUGCCAAUGAAAAGGCAGUUCACUUAGAUUUCUUCAAUGAUCCCAGGUCCCAGGAUGUGGCACAUAUUACCAUGCAUGUUCAUACACUUCUGCUGCUGACCUCUGAUCUCACAAACUGUCAGACCCACAGGAAGGCCGCUCAGCAGACUCCUCAGCAAAUUUUGAGGAUCUAUUUGAUGAUGAUGACAUCCAGUGACAGAGACUUCAGAGUUGAUAGAUUAUAUUCUCACCACUCCACAUAUUUAUUUUUGGGUGGAAAGCAAACCAACCAUUUUCUGUCUAAUUACAUACAAUUGCCUGUCAUAGAUGUCCUAGUUUCAGGCUUUUUAAAAACAUCCUUAAAAAGUCGUCACCAGCUCCAGAUGUUGUGAAAUUCUUAGGAUCCCAUGGAUUCUUCAUGUAUGGUAUGUUAAAAUUAUGAGCUUGUAUCGUGCUCAUGUCUUUGACUGCUUCUAAACUGGAUUGCAGGUUUCAGUGCGCUGGAGAACACCUGUUAGGAGCGUAAUUAUACAUGUGAUGGGCAGAGGCUCCAUAUGCUGUCGCCCUUAAACAAACUGCAGAUGGCAUAUGAUGAAUGAUGGUCCGCUAAAAUGGCUUUAAUUAUUUGAAUGAUAGUCACAUACAUUCUGUGUUUGGUUUUAUAUCUGCAGUGUGUCAUUAAAGUGCACAGCAGUCUGUGCAUCUACACUUGUAAUUUUGGGAUCAAAAAACAAUAAAUAGCGUGUUGUAUAUAUGAA